GGCCGCUGACUGCCGUCCGUGCAUCGCGCAUGUUCGCGCUGCUCCGUCGCAGCUACGGGAUUCGCUCUUCGUCGUUGCAUCCCGUCGCCUCGAGAUCAACUCCUCGAGAUCUUUGUUUCGAGAUCGUGCAAUUUUUAAAGCGUCUGUAAAACGCUUCGCUUUUUUCCGAUUUUCAUAGAAUUUCAUUUCUUUUUUUUAUCUUUUCGAGGUUCGACUUCGUUUCUAGACAUUUUAAAAUUUCCUUCCUAUCGCCCAGUGUUUUUUUUUCUCGAAAUUUUUCUUAUAUUUUGCGAGUAGCACUCGUUAGACGUAACGAAUAUCGCACACGGCGUGCGCGCUUAUCUCUCGACCGGCACCGAAAAUCCGAGCACGAGAAGAGUACAUUUCCGCAUGAUGAAGCGCACCGUCGAUGUUCGCUCGCGAGCGAAUCCACAGCGUUCGUGAAAGCCCGCGAUCGCAAAACUGUGACUGAUCGACAGUCCGCCGCCUUCCCUGGAUUUUUUUGCGGUUUAAUCUGGCACGCUGCGUGAACAUCGAUCAGGCAGGAGGUGAGAAAGCGGCUCGCGAGCAUGAAAGUGGAGGGCGGAGUGGCUACGACGACGGUCCUCCACAAGGUCAAGGUCAAGGAAGAGACGAAGGAAUGCUGCGGCUACCAGCAAGCCUCGCCGUCGUCCACGUCGGCGGCUACCACCGCGACCGUCGUCGCGACGCUCACCGUCUCAGCUGCGACGGCGAUCACUACGACCGUCACCAACAGCAACGGUGUCUCCACCGUGAACGCGAAUCCUUCCACGACUACCACGGUGGCCGUCACCGCGGCCGCCGCCGCCGCCGCCGUCGCCACCCCCGCUCUGCAAUCCUCCAGCAUUAUCUGCCAUCCGCCAACGACGGCCCCCAACACCGCGGAUUCCUUCUCGGUAGACCUCGACUUGAAGGCCAAGAAUAAGGCAUCCUCCGCAACUCGAGAGAAAUCUUCGCGGGAGGAAGCGGCCCAGCCCGAGGCGCACUCGCCUUCCUCUCAUCAGCAUCAAAGGAUCGGUCAGCAGAAGCAAACAAACGGCCCUCGAUCGGAGUACAAAGGCGCUUCCGGUUGUUCUAGAUCCUCUGACAACGACAGCCCUUUGCCCUCGCAGUCAUUCAAGCCGGAGUACGAGGAGGUUGCUGCAGGUGCCGCAAAUGCCGGGCCCAGGACGACGGACGAGCAGGGCGAUGGCGCCGCGUUGGCGAACGGCACUGUCGGUGCAUCCAGAUGUGUCAGCGGUAUUUUCGCGGGACACGGAAAGCUCAAGAGGCUGCUGGGCACCCUCGUGCAGUUCGCCACCGAUAUCUCUGCCGACACGGGUGACACGGUGCGCACGCUGGUGCUCGCGCUUCUGAGCGGCAGCAUGACCGCGGAGGAGUUUCACUCAGCGUUGCAGGAGGCGACCAACUUCCCGCUCAGAAGCUUCGUCUUGCCGUACCUCAAGCACACCCUGCCCUCCCUGCAGAGGGACCUGAGUAACGCGGCCAGGGCGAACAAUCAGAGCUGCGUGCAGUUUCUACGAUCCAACGAGUCCGCCGUUCUCGAGGCCGUAGGGCUGGUACCGUCCGGCGAGUCUGUCGAGGUCUUUGGCGAGCACGGGGGUGCGAACGGGAUCGGCGGCGGUAAUCAGUGCUCCGCUCAUUACGCCAUGCGCUCUAAUUCCAUGCGCUCUAAUUCUAAUCCCGGCGUCGGCGCCAUUCAGCACGCGGCGGGCAGCAACGCCGCGAGCGCGUUGCACCAUUAUCCUGGCGCCGCUCAUGCACCGAAACGCCGUGCCUCCGACACCCCAUAUUAUGAGAACGGUGUUCUUCUGGACGAUAUGCCGGUGUAUGGUAAGAGGUCCGUUAAUCCCUGGAGUCAUCAUCAUCAACAGCAACAGCAGCAACAGCAACAGCCGACGGACCCGUCCUAUUGCUGGUACCAUCCGUUGCACUCCUCGGGCGGAUCGAUUCAAGGUCACGCGCACGGCCACGGUCACGGACCGAGCCCGGUGCCGCCUAGUCUCGUGCAGAUUAAUCAGAUAAACGCGUUCUCCGCGCCGCAUCAUCUGACUCAGCAGCCGCAGCAAUCGAUGGGCCACGGCUUGCAAACGCAGAACGGUGGUAGCCUCGACGACGAGUGGAAGAAUAUCCAUGUGAUGCUCAACUGUAUCCUCGGCAUGGUCGAGAAGACAAAGAGAGCAUUGGCGAUCCUCCAGCGACGAGGGUGUUCCAGCCCGGCGGCCGCGGCGCCUCCGCCAGGUGUGGUCGCGGCGCAGAACGGUACCAGCAAUAACGGCAAUGGUAAUGGCAAUAAUCCCUCGUCGACUAAUGGGGUGCAGGUUGAGUCGUCUACUGGCGAUCGAGAUGGUAGUCUGAAGCGAUUGUCUGGCGAGAUCGUCGCGCAAACGAUCAGGGCGACUGAGGACAGAGUGGCCGAAGUCAAACGAAGAGCCGAGGAAGCUGUGUUAGAAGUGAAAAGGGCUGCAGUGGCCGAGGUGCAACGUGCCGUAGCGGUUGCGGUUGCGGAGUCGAGGGCGAACGAACGUUUGAGGGUUCAUCGAUUACUAGAUCUUCCUCUGUCCCAAAGAAAUCCGAGCAGUCUCCGCCAGGGCCCUUUCCUGAGAGUUCACGGAAAUUCGAGCGCGGUCGAGACCAGAAACGUUACGACGCCGACGACAACGCCGAAUUCGGCGCCGUCGACCACCGAAGACGAGAAAGACAUUCAUCUCACUAGCAUGAUGGGAUCCAGCUGUUGGAAUUGCGGCAGGCCCGCCCUGGAGACCUGCGGUGGAUGCGGAAUCGCCCGAUAUUGCGGCUCCUUCUGCCAGCAUCGCGACUGGGAGGCCGGCCAUCAUACGACUUGCAACAAUUUACCACCGCGCGAACCGCGAAGAUCAGCGUCGCGCAGCCCGCCGAGAAUCGCCGCCACGAAUCUCUCUACGACUGUCAACGAGGUCGACACCGCGCCGGUGCCAUCCACCGGGGUCACGAAGGGGAAGUGACGUCGCGGUACUAGGAACAAUCAGCGAUCGGCCAGAUCGAUCGACUACGAGUCACGCUGAUCGCGCGCGCGCGCGCGCGCGUUUCCCACAAAGACUCUCCUCUGUAAAGAAUGCAUGAAUUGAAAUGAACCGAGAGGAACUCGUUCCUGUGAAACUGAAUGCCUGAUCCUCGAAAUCGGGGAUUGAUUUGAAAUUGCUGGAUAUUCGUCUGUCCCUUCCACUUUUCGAUUAUAUCUUCGUGAGAAUCAAGAUAAAAAUAAGGAUAAGAAAUGAAAUAGCCAGUUCCCCUAAUUUCGACAAUUGGGUGUCCACACGUUCACAAAAUAAAUUCCUGCGUCCAUUCUUUUUAACUCAUUCAUUUUCUACAGCGUUUUCGCCGAUCAUACAUCUUCUGCGUACACUUAUCAUUGUGUCCUUUUCUUUCCGCGAAACACUGACUGGAAAUUUCUUUGUAAUAUAUCCGAAUACGAGGACAAGUGUGAACAAGAAUUUCUCUGAUUCAACAUAUUUCUGAUCCAACGAAAAAGCUGAUUACAGCUUAUCAAGGACGCUUAAUAAUCGAACUAAUAUCAAAAAAUACUAGUUCGACGAUCAGUUUAUUCUCUGAACAAAUCUUUAAUCCCGGCGUUUCAAUCAAUUGGAAAUAUGCGAUAACAUACGAAAUUCACGAUUAUUUAACAAAUUAAAAAAAAAAAAAAUUUAAAUGGUCAAUUUUUUUAUACUUGUGAUAUUGAUCUUUGGAUUAUAUUAAAAUAACUAUUGCAUGAAAUAUCCGGGCGCCCGCCUGUCACUAUUGCACACCGAUCCGCGGGUACCCAUAUCAUAUGAAUACCCGCAUUACACAGAUUACACUGGCAUCUAUUUGCAUCAGACGGCUAACGUCACAUGAGUUUAACCUAACCUAACCAAAUAUCUAAUUAAACUAAUUAAAAAUUAUUUAAUGUUAUGUUAAAUAACAUUACUCAAACAAUACACAUAUAUCAAAAAUUUCAAAGACGGUUGAAGGGUUGGAGUAGCUAUGAAAUAUUUUUAUGUUACUUUAGUGCGAUUCAAUAGUUAAAAAUUUUAAACGUAAUACUUUAACAGUCUAAACAAUUGAAGAAUUUAUUUUAUACUAUCGGCUAAUGACCAAAGAAAUGCACGAUCGUGUAAAGAGAAGCGAGUAAAUUUCUUAAAUAAUUCGAAUGGAUGCUUCGAAUGAAACGUCGGAUGUGAUAAAAACCUGUUUUAAGAUUUUAUCGAUUAAUGAUAUAAAAUGAACAACUGAUUUCAGAAGUGUAGCGUAAUCGAUCACGUAAGGGUUUCCGUUUUCCGGAUAAUAAAUAACGCCGGCGAAAUAUACAUAGUAUUGUCGUAAAUGUUUAUCAGCAUCAUGUGCCAGAGCCGUUCUCCUUUCUCUCCACCGAGAAUCGCAGAUUUCCAAUCCAUUUAUUAUCUAGGAUUAAACCAAACAAUAGAAGUAAUGCGUGUCUCAAACGAUUUCUGCAAUUAAAAGAGUAAUAGAUAACCCGAUGAAUCCGAACAAUGAAUCGCAGAUGUGCGUUUCGCAAUUGCUCCGAAUCGAUAUUAGCGGUAAAUGUAGUGUUACGAAAAUAACUCCCAUUAGCGUAGACAUUUCUUCAUUUCGCCGUUAACAAGUUAAAUUUCUUCAAUGUACGCGAAGCGGAGCUGGAAAACGCGCGCUCGUCCAAUUAGGGAACUUCAUUGAGGACGCGAUUUAGAAAGUGCAUUUCCUUCUUCGCUUAUUCUUAUACAAAACUUUACUGUUCUCGAUACAUCGAUUGAAUCUACGAUGCAUAAAAUUAUGACGUUGCACGGGAGUUAGUUUCUCUUCGUCUCUUCUUCAAACGAUCGAGUAAUAUGUGUUCUCUCACGUCAAUGUAACUUUUUACUGUAUCUCGAUAUUACACCGCAGAAUAUCGUCAUAUGAAAAUAAUAUGUACUGCAAGUACGAAGUUGAUAUACAAUGCACACAACAAACAUAGCUACACAGAGUGAUUUGAUUUUACUAAAUGUCUCUACGCUCACUUCGAUGUUUCGUACCCGAAGAACGAACCACAUCGAUUUUAUCCUAGUCAAUUGAUAGGUUUAACGAUUGUAAUGUAACUUGGAGAAUCUCGAAUCCUUUACUUUGCGCGCACGCAUCUCAGGAUGAUUAUCAUGUAUAUUUAAGUCUAGUCAACAUACGAGAGGAUGAAGCGGAAUUAUCGGUUAUAUGCGUUAGGGAACUUUGCUCAAAUCUAGACUACGAAUUAUUGUAAUUUUUCCUAGGCAUAUUGCGUUGCGGGGAUGUAUGAUGGAAUCCUAUAAAGUGUAUUUAUAAACUAACGAAAUAUAUAUGAUUAUUCUAUGUCAAAA